AUGGGUGUGGGCAGCGGCGCUUUGGCGCUGGCGCUGCUGUAUGAAGCUCCGCAGUUGCGCGCUGCGGGCGCGGACAUAAGCGCCGGUGCUGUGCGGCAAGCGCAGAAAAAUGCCGAAGCUGCGGGGGUGGCCGCGCGUUUCACCGCGCUGAAAAGCGAUUGGUUCGGCGCGGUGCGCGGAAAGUUUGAUUUUAUCAUUUCCAACCCGCCUUAUAUUCCGCGCGCCGAGAUAGAAAAACUGGCGGCGGAAGUGCGGCUUUACGACCCUAAGCGCGCUUUAGACGGCGGCCUUGACGGGCUGGAUUUUUAUCGCGCAAUGGUUUUGGGCGCGCCCGCGCAUUUAAAGCGCGGCGGCAAGGUUGCGGUGGAAAUCGGCUAUAAUCAAAAAGCUGAUGUG